CUUCAGUGCGCAGUUCAAGAGCUCGAUCUCGAACCUAGCAUACGCUUUCGGGCUGCAAGUCAACGUUCGCGAAGAAGAAAAGCUACUGCCGCUUGUCUGCCCGCGAUUUAAUCUCCUCAGUCACCUGAGUGUCUUUACUGGUUGUGAAGAUGAUGUUGACAAUCAACUAGAGCAGUUUGAGGAUUCGGCGCGUGCGGGAGUAGCAAAGGAGUCUAGCGGGAGGUGAAGAUGGCCCAGCAGCCGUUGCGAGAUGUCUGGGGCGAGCGCAGGGAGCUGGUGGAGUAUCUGCUCAAGGACCAUGUGAAGCGCGGUGGCAAGCUCAUCACGGCGCCGCAGACGGCGCUGUAUGACCCCAAAGUCAUUGACAACGUGAACAUCACUGUCCUCAUCCGGCAGUGUAUGGUUGGCGGUGUGGUGGACCUGCCACGGCUGGUGCUCCCAGUGGCCAUGCAGGUCAACGGAGCCAACGCAGCCGUGCCGCCGCCCAAGUACCCGGCAGCGGCGGCGAUAGCUGGCAGCGCCGGCGGCGCCGCAGACAACCCCUUCGGCGGCCCCGCCGCCUCGCAGCCCUCCACCGGGGGUGGUGCGGCCGACAACCCCUUUGGCACAACCACGUCCGUCGGCGGCGCCUCCGGCGCCGCCUCCGCGCGGCACUCGCACAAGCCGUCUGCGGACAACCCGUUUGCAGGCGGCGCGGGCGCUGCCGCCGUCGCCGACAACCCGUUCGGCGGCUCCAGCGCCAACGGCCGCCCCUCCGCGGGGGCCUCGGUCUCCGCCGCUGACGGGGCCAUGUUUGCGGCCCGGUCGGGCGCCGCCUCACGCAAGGGCCCGGGAGGAGGGCCGGGCGAGCCGCCGGUCACCAGCCUGGCCUCUGGCGUCAGGCUCAACUAUUCCAUGGCGGGGGCAGACACGUCCGGCAGGAACGGCGGCGGCGGAGGUGCGGCGGCGGCGGCGGCGGCGGCGGGAGGGGAGGAGGCGCCGUUUGGCGGCGUGCGGCCGCCGCGGCUGGACCUGCCAGAGCUCGAGACGGGCCAGAGCGAGGAGGAGCUCCGCGACCUGGCCUUCCUGCUGUUCACGGCGGUGGCGGCCUCGGGCGCCGGCGGCAUCACGCCGCAGCAGGCCGCCGGGCUGACGCGCGUGCUGGCGCAGCAGCUGUGCGUGGAGGAGGCGCGCGUGGCGGACAUACAGCGCGUGCUGCGACACAUCCAGCCCGGCGGCGCUCCCACGCUGGUGGACGGCAUGGGCGGCUCCUGGCCCCCCGCGCGCCGGGCCUCGCUGGAGCUGCUGGUGGCGCUGCUGGUGGCGGUGCGGCCGGGCGACUUCACGGCGGCGUCGCCCGCCAAGGCCUUCAAGAGCUUCCUCAGGUGGAAGGACGUGACGGUGGCGGUGCUGGAGCAGCAGCUGGCGGCGGCGGCGGGCGGCGGCGGCUGGGUCAGCGGCGACCAGGUGCAGCUGAAGAAGCUCCUGGCCAGGCUGCACGGCGCGGCGCGGCGCGCUGACGUGCGCGGCGAGUCCGACUACGAGGCGGAGGAGUACGGCGAGGCGGUGCAGGCGCUGGCGGGCGCGGUGCAGGCGCUGGCGGGCGGCUGCGGCAGCGGACUGCGCUUCCCCUGGGCGGUGCGCGUGCGGCUGGCGGAGAUACUCAUCACGGCCCUGUUUGACACUGUGGAGGAGGGCACCUACAUCGACGAGGCGGCGCUGGUGCUGCAGUUCCUGGACGGAGCCAUGUGGCCGGCGCUGGGGCUCAGCCCGCCCGCGGCGCUGGCGGUGUCUGCCUGGGUUCACUUCAGCAUGUACGUGGGCACGGGCUGCCGCGAGCAGCGCCUGGUGAAGCAGCUCAAGGGGCAGAUCGGCAAGCUGGCGCUGCAGGCGGAGGCGGGCAGCGCCAAGAAGCCGGCCGACCCGUUCGGCCUGGGCGAGGACGCUCUGUCGCCCGCCGCCGCCAGCCAGGGCGGCGCGCCGCCGCCCGCCGGCGAGCUGGCUGGCGACGCGGCGCUGUCGAGCCGCGUGGCGGGGCACAUCGUGGACUGGGUGUUCGUGCGGCUGUGCGACUACCACGCCGCCUUCCCCAGGGGCGAGAACCUGGGUCCGCUGCUGGACGUGUUCGUGUUCGCGGCGCGCAGUCGCGGCGACUCGGCGGAGCGGCUGGCGGGGCUGCUUACAGAGGCGCUGUGCGACAGCGGCGCCGCGGCCUUCGGGCGGGCGGUGCGGGCGCGCGUGGACGCAGCGGCAAGCGGCGAGGCGAGGCUCCUGGAAAUGGCCACCAUUGCCCACGAGCUGCAUGACGCCGACAACGACGUCUAUGUGGGCGGCCCCACGGGCGGCGGCGGCGGCGGCUUCGGGUCGCACCUACCCGGUGCCAGCGCGGUGGCGGCGGUGCAGCUGCACGGGCUGUACGGCGCGCACCUGCGGCCCUGGCUGGCGGCGGUGUCGGGCGUCAACUCGGCGGUGCUGGACGUCUUCCGCACCGCCAACGCCCUGGAGCAGCGGCUGGACGCACCCGUCAACAAGGCGCGGGCCGCCGCAGCAACGACAGGAGCAGCAGCGGUACCAGCAGGAGCAGCAGGAGCAGGAGCAGUGGGUGGCGAAAGCGGAAACGGGAAUGGCGUUGCUGCUGCGGGGGCUGCGGUGCUGGGGGUGGGGCUGCCGCUGCCGCCAGCGGUGUCGGAUGUGGUGUGCUCCUACUCGCGAUGGGACCUGAUGGGGCCGCUCAAGACGGGGCUGCUGCAGUGGGUGUCCACCCAGGCCACCAACAUGACCACCUGGAGCGCCCGCGCGCUGUCCACCGAGAAGUGGAAGGCGCUGGGCUCAGGCCCGGAGGCGGCGCACACGGGCUCGGCGGCGGAGGUGUUUCGCAUGGCCAGCGAGGCGCUGGAUGCGCUGUACGGGAUGGACGUGCCCAUGCCACCCGGGGUGCAGGAGGCGCUGAUGGAGGCGGUGGACGGCGUGCUGAAAAAGUACGUGACGCACGUGAACGACAAGCUGGGCCCCCUGCAGCGCCUCAUCCCACCCACGCCGCCGCUCACCCGCUACAAAAAGGACGUGGUGGUGAAGCAGGAGGCGGCGGAGGUGGACACGGGCAAGGCCGGCAGCAAGAGCACCAACAAGAAGCCCGUGUUCCUGUACAGUGUGCCCGGCGUGGAGGCCUCGCCCGACUUCACCAACAUCCACAACGGCCUGUCGGUGGCGGUGGUGGCGGCGGCCGCAUGCAGCCUCAACUACCUGCGCACCCGGGCGGAGAUGCUGGCGCAGGCCGCCCGUGACAAGCACCUGCAGUGCGCGGCGCUGCACCCCACCUUCGACUCGGCGCCGGCGGGCACGCCCGCAGCCAGCCCCGCCAAGGCCGCGCCGGCGGCGGCAGCCGCCGGUGGCGCCACUGCCUCCCCCAGCAAGUCGGAGGCCGGUGAGCCGCCGGCGCUGCUGGCGGGGUCGUUGGCGGCUCUGAGUACGGGCGUGGUGUACGCCUGCAAGUGGCUGGCCACACGGGUGGUGUUCUGGGACCAGCGCUUCGGCUGGCUGGAGCUGCUGUACCGCCACCGCCUGUCCAACAACCCCGCCAGCCGCAUUGAGCCGCUGCUGGACGCGCUGCACAAGGUGCUGGGCACGGUGUGUCCCAGCCUGCCUGACACCGUGCGCACCACCUUCGCCAAGUGCCUGUUCCAGGCGUCAGUGCAGGCCCUGGAGCGGGUGUACCUGGACGGCGGGCCGUGCCGCUGGUUCAUCGUGCAGGACGUGCCAGCGCUGGAGCAGGACCAGCUCAAGCUGCGCGCGCUGUUCCACGCGGACGGCGAGGGGCUGGCUCGCGAGGCGCUGGACGCCGAGCUGGAGCGGGUGGGGCGGCUGGUGCCGCUGAUGCGGACCGAGGUGGGGCCGCUCAUGGACCUGCUCAAGACGGCUCGCACGCACGGCACGGCCCAGCUGACCGGCCCCAGCGGCGCCCCGGGCGGCGCCUUCGACGAGGCCACCCUCAUGCGCGUCAUUGCGCACAGGCCCGAGCGCACCGGCAGCAAGCUGCUCAAGACGCUGUACAAGCUGUCCAAGCGGAUCAAGUAGUACAGAUGCUAAGAUGGGACUUGGUUGCUACUGUGCUACUUGUUACCGAGGCGCUCUUGGUUUAGUGUUGGGUGCUUGUUAGAGGGAGUUUUGCUUGCGUACCGUACUUGGUGCUGCGGAGAGCUGCACAGGGAUGCACAGGCAGGUCGGGCAGCUCAUUGCAGUCCCACAGGUCGGGAUGGGGAGGCCCGUGUGCUUGCUUGUACAGAGCUACUUAUUAACACGUACCGUAUAGGCACAUAUACAUGUUGUGAAGGAGCAUGAUGGAUUUCUUGUGGGGAAAGUGCAGGGAACGGGUGAGGGCCGGACUCGUCACAAGGGGUGAUCACAGGACGGUACAAGUGAUAGAAGCGCGAAGCAGUAACCGUAAGUCACAUACGGUACGCUUAAGAAGUAGCAUAAGAGUAACACGAACGUAAGUAGAUGUGUGCGAGUGUGAUCGUGACCGACGACACCUACACGACGUGCUGGUGAUCCCCAGUGCGGCGGCGUGCAUGGCCAAGGGGGGGGGGCAGUGUGCGUGGCGUGCGCGGGGCUUUGCUGCCAGUGGUUUUGCGGUGUGGGAGCAGUGGGCGGUUAGCGGAGGCGGUGUGCGUGGUCGGCGAUGGAAGCGUGCUGGGGCGCUGCGGUACCGGGGGGGAGGGCUGCGCGCAGCGAGGGUGCUGCGCGGCUGGCUUCUGCCUGGUCCGGCCUGGUGUUUCGCAACUGGGUCAUACGGUCAUACACAAGCGGAUGGCGGCGUCAGCAGCCGCGCCAGUCAUGGGAGUGCGGAGGCACUCGAGGACGGUACGCACCCAGAGGUGGCAGGUGGAGGUGGUGGCUAGAUGUGGCUAGAUGGUCGUGAUGUCGGCGUGCGUGCUAGUGGUAGACAGGCUGUGGGUUGCGUGUAAUGCCGCGCAUGUUAGUUCGCCGUAGCCAUGCCGGUGUGCUACAGCCAUACCGGUAGGUGUGCUACAGCCAUAUGUCCGGGGGGCAUGUUGGGUCGGAUCUGCGACAUAGCUUACUGCUGCGUGCCAGCGUGCCCCACGGCGCCGCUGCUGCCGCCAGGACGGCCGGCAGCAGCAUCUCACCGCUGGCCGUGUGUCGAUACGAGUGCACGGAUACAGGUUCCAGGCAGCACUGUACGGUAU